AUGCUCAUGUCGCCUGAAUUCCUUGUACUAAUCUUCUUAGAAAGAUUGACAGUUGGUUUUGUAAAAGGACGCACUUAAAGAUUACGUUGAUCUCGUUUCGUACAAGAACGCCUUAAUCUGUCGGGUUCUCUGGAUAUAUAAUUGGUCAAAUGCGAGGAUAAAACGGAAGUAAAAUCAGGUGUAUGGUGGAAAUGCUAGUAGAUAGUUCUGCUCUCCCAUUCAUUCAUUAACAAGAGUGGGCAGAUUCCACUGACGUUACAAACAGACCCAGCUCUGUGUUGACACUCAAAAUGAGGAUGAUCACUUUCUUCGUGGUUGGACUGACAGUCCACGUGAUCUUCUUCCUCUCUAUCUUUGACAUCUACUUCACCUCUCCCCUGGUCCAUGGCAUGACACCCCAGGCCACACCGCUGCCCCCCCCUGCCUCCAGACUGGUGUUAGUGGUGGCUGACGGUCUCAGAGCAGACAGUCUCUACACACUCCUGCCCAAUGGCUCAUCCAGGGCCCCAUAUUUGAGGAGUGUGAUAGAGGAGAGGGGUACCUGGGGUGUGUCACACACACACGUGCCCACUGAGUCUCGUCCCGGUCAUGUUGCUCUUAUCGCUGGCUUCUAUGAGGAUGUUAGUGCUGUUGCUAAAGGAUGGAAGGAGAAUCCUGUAGACUUUGACUCAGUGUUUAAUGAGAGCAGACACACCUGGUGCUGGGGCAGCCCUGAUAUUCUGCCUAUGUUUGCCAAAGGUGCCAGUGGAGACCAUGUGUAUACCCACACAUACCCAGCAGAGGAGGAGGACUUUGCUUCCACAGACGCCUCCAGGCUGGACAGCUGGGUGUUCACUCAAGUCAAAUCAUUCUUUCAGUCAGCCAAGUCUAACUCCAGUCUGAGGGCCAGUCUGCUUGAGGAUGAGAAUGUCUUCUUCCUGCAUCUGCUGGGCAUCGACACAAAUGGACAUGCUCACAGACCAAUGUCACAAGAGUACCUUGACAAUAUUGGCCUAGUAGACACUGGUGUAGCUGAGCUGGUGUCUAUAGUAGAAGACUUCUUUGGUUAUGAUGGCAGAACGUCCUAUGUGUUCACCUCUGAUCAUGGCAUGACAAACUGGGGUUCACACGGUGCAGGCCAUCCCUCUGAGACACUCACCCCUUUAGUGGUGUGGGGAGCUGGAGUUCAUACUGCCCACAAAGUCACUGAACCCCAGUCAUACAACGAUGAAUACCUACAAGAUUGGAAACUGGCGCACCUUCGUAGAGUUGACGUCAAUCAGGCAGACAUCGCUCCCCUCAUGGCUUCUCUCAUUGGUGUGCCCAUUCCUGUUAACUCUGUUGGGGUUUUACCUCUUCUCUACCUUAACAACAGUGACCAGUUCAAGGCAGAGAGCAUGUACACUAAUGCUAUUCAAGUGCUAGAGCAGUUCAAGAUGAAAAUGACCCAGAAAAAGGAGACAACCUUGUCCUUUCUCUUCACCCCAUACCAACUACUGACUGAGUCAAAACAAGCAGAAUUCAUCCACCAGGCCAGAAUACUGAUUCAGCUCGAGAAGUAUGAAGAUGCUAUCUCUCUGUGCCAGUCUCUGAUAUCCCAUGCUCUGGAGGGCCUGGUCUACUACCACACCUAUGACAGGUUUUUUCUGGGUUGCAGUGUGGUGCUGGGAUUUGUAGGUUGGACCUCAUAUGUUGUCCUAGUCAUACUAAAGACUCAUGCCAGCCUCAACAGACAUCCCAGUCUCCUUAAACAGAUUCCCAGCCAUAUCCUGGGGAGGCUGUGUGUGUGUGUGACAGUGGUGAUCACUGUGUUCUUGCUUAUCCAAAGGAGCCCCGUUACCUACUAUAUUUACUGCCUGCUGCCUGUCCCUGUAUGGUACUCUGUCCUUAAAGAGUCUGGAACUCUAACAGAUUUGAUUCGCUCAGCUCCCUCUCUGCCACUGUGGAAAUGUUUUGGCUAUUUUAUGCUGGUGGCGUUUGGGAUCGAGCUACUGGUGGUGAGUUUCUUCCAUCGCGCCAUGCUGACUGUAGGCCUGGCUGUCCUCUCUCUCUGGCCUUUCCUGUCGGGGCUUUUUGGCAAGGCCAAGUUCCGUUCACUGAGCUGGUUUCUGGGCUGUCUGUGUUUGGCUGCAUUUCCCCUGAUGCCUGUUGUGGGUAGAGAGCCUAACAUAUAUCUGGUUACCUGUGCAGGUCUACUCACUCUCUUCACUUCAGCCUGUUACCUCUGGUCAUCGCAACAGAGAACACCACUGCACCUUAGUGACAGACAGCAGUUUGUCACCCAGAUGCUCCAUGUGGCGGUGUGUGCAUACGUGCCAUCCCUCACACACUCCAGCCUGCAGCAGAAACAGGGCCUGCCCCUUCUUAAUCAAAUCAUCAGCUGGACCACAUUAGCAUCUUCUAUGCUGGUUCCAUUGCUGAGCUCUACACGUCUUUUCCACCGACUCCUCAGCAUAUUCCUCUCUCUCACAGCCACAUACCUGCUGCUCAGCACUGGGUCAGAGGCCUUUUUCCCCCCUGUGUUAUCUUGGUUAAUGUUUGUGUGGAUCAACAUUGAACAGGAAGCUAUGCUCUCACAGGGUGUUUCUGGCAGACAAGAACUCUCCACUAUUGAUUUCUCUGCAAACAUUGACAUCGCCAAGAUACGACAACUGAAGUUGGAUGACAUCAGAAGAUCUUAUUUUUUUGUAUUUUUUAUAAUAACAGCUUUCUUUGGCACAGGCAACAUAGCUUCCAUUAACAGUUUUGACCCUGCAUCUGUUUAUUGUUUCCUCACUGUCUUCAACCCCUUCAUCAUGGGAGGGCUGAUGAUGUGGAAGGUUAUCAUUCCAUUCAUAAUAGUAAUGUGUACAUUUGAGACUAUCCAAGUAACAACACAGCUCUCAUCAAGAAGUUUAUUCCUCAUUGUCCUGGUCAUCUCUGACUUGAUGGCUCUGCACUUUUUCUUCCUGGUGCAGGACUAUGGCAGCUGGUUGGACAUUGGCACAAGCAUUAGCCAUUAUGUGAUAGUGAUGUCAAUGACCAUCUUCCUGAUGUUGCUGAGUGUGGUCACACACAUCUUCACCUCACGAAGGCUCAUCCUGUGGAGGAGACCUAAGAUGCACUUCCCCUAAAUAAACAUGUAUUUGUGUGUGCAUGUGCAUGCACAAAUACUGGUUAAACCAAAUGUUUAGUAUUUAUUUAUUUUUUUUAGAUACGUUUCAUUUAGUAUUUGCCUUAUUAAACUGGAGUUUGUUUAUAUAAGAUAUGGGCUAUUGUUUUAUGACUCAAAAUACUGUAUAGUACUGUGCAAAACUCUCACAACACUUGGCUUGUUUUGGGGUUUUGGAAAUCCCCUCUUAUAUGUCCUUAUUAGUCAGAUGCUUUAAAUCGUCCUCUCCAAACUGCUUGAAGAAUUUACCAUGACUACCUGUGAAAAUGACAUGACAGUCUAAGAUAGUUUACAUUCUCAGUAGAAAAUAUUCAGCUCUUCUAAACAGUUGUUGUCUUCCUUGUAUUAAGGUUUGUUUAUUUUUACUUCAGUGUCCCAAUGUGAUUUUAAGUAAGAAAUAAUUUGAUCCCUUCCCUCAGUGAUAAACACUUAAAUGGUGUGGAUAAAUGGUUUCCUGAGUAGCCUAAGACUUCUGCACAGUACUGUUUGCACUGUAUUCUUUUGUACACUGUGUGUCUGUUUCUGUCACAUUGUUUUUGCGUUAAUCAUUGAUGAAUUGACUAAGGCCACUUGAAUAUUUGACCGUGAAUUAUGCCUUUGCCAAGGGUGCUGAUUUAUGAUCCACUAAAGAAUGGCUAACUUCAUGAAUCUUUAAGUAUGUAACACUAUUUCCUGUAAAUCUGUCUAAAACUAAUCCUUGUUUAGAUGGAAAAGGGAUGCUAUUUUAAUUGUAUUAUGACUGUAUAUCAAUAAAACAGAAGGAGUGGAAUGGAAAUGGGGACCUGGGUGUUGUACAACCAUUAACAGAAUUAAAACAGGUGCCAGUGUAGUUGUUGUGUUCUCUGUUUGUAUCAUCAGGGUAACCGCAGCCAUGGGCUGGGCUUAGAAAAUCUAGUUGGGAAAGUUAAAAAAUCCCCUAAUGUCCUUCAACAAAUGCAGUCCAGGUGUACUUGAUAAAGCCCUGUAGCCCCCAGUAGAGCUUGAGUAUCCAGUGGCCAGCACUAGGAUUGUGGUUGCAUUCGGAAACUCCUUGAUAAAUGUCUGUAACUAAGAAUGUUAAGAUGUGCUGCAAGAAACCUUUGGUUAGUAUGUUUUCUCCGAGCAAGGAGGACAAAAUAAAAAAAUAAACUUGU